GCCAAUCAGGAGCAACGAAUUUUUUAAACGUUGGCCGCGGUGGACAUUCAAAAUACUUACAUAGCUUAGGUUGUGCUGCGCUCCUACAAGUCUGGCAUCGGCAUUAUUCAAAAUGUCGAAGAACAAGGAGAACGCCGAUCCCAAAGGCUCCCUAAGACAAUUCACGGCCAUGAGUUCAUCAGUUGGUCCACAGCGUGUUCAAGUCAAUCCACGGCCAGAGACCUCUGCAGUCAUGGGACCAGUAAGAGAUCCUGUCUACCCACCGAUUACGACUCCCCUAAGUAUCAAGAACUUUGACAUCGGUCGACCGCUGGGCAAGGGCAAGUUUGGAAACGUCUAUAUGGCACGAGAGAAGAAGACGAAAGCAGUGAUUGCACUGAAGUGUCUGUUCAAGUCCCAGAUGGAGAAGGAGGGCGUGGAGCACCAGCUGCGGAGAGAGAUCGAGAUCCAGGCCCACCUCAAGCAUCCCAACAUCCUUCAAUUUUACAACUACUUCCACGAUCGCACGCGAGUCUUCCUGAUCCUGGAGUACGCCCCACGGGGCGAGCUUUACAAGGAGCUCCAGAAGUGCGGACGUUUUGACGACCAGCGCACUGCCACGUACAUGGAGGAGAUAUCCGAUGCGCUGUUGUACUGCCAUGAGAAAAAGGUGAUUCAUCGCGACAUCAAGCCUGAGAAUCUCCUUCUCGGCUUCCGUGGAGAGCUGAAGAUCGCAGACUUCGGCUGGUCGGUUCACGCGCCAUCCCUGAGGCGCCGCACGAUGUGCGGUACCCUGGACUACCUGCCCCCAGAGAUGGUGGAGGGCCACUCGCACGACGAGAAGGUGGACCUGUGGUGCAUCGGCGUCCUCUGCUACGAGUGUUUGGUCGGCAACCCCCCCUUUGAGACCGGCAGCCACUCGGAGACGUACACCAGGAUCACCAAGGUGGACUUGAAGUUCCCUAAGAUAGUGUCCGAGGGAGCAAAGGACCUGAUCUCCAAGCUGCUCCGCCACAACCCAAUCAACCGUCUGCCCCUGCGCGAUGUCCUGGAGCACCCGUACGUGAAGACCAACUCUCGCAGGGUCCUCCCCCCCGUGUGCAAUGCCGUGAAACACUGAAGGCGCGAGGCGGCACACUCCCCCCCCCAGCCGCUCGGCCUUGUGACUGAACUGGCUGGUCCGUCGGUGUAUCUCUGCAAAGACUCAAGGCCAGUUAAGAUGGGUUUUAUCCUCUGUUUCACUGCUGCGGACGUCACAAUGCCAAAGAUUCUGGGACUAUUUCAUCCUAAGGGCGCUGGUGUUUUGCCCUCUUGGCCAUACUGUACAGUUUUUCUUUGUGUGGUUUUCUUUCCUUUAUUUCCCCUGUUGUAUUUUCUGAUUGAUGUGAUUUCUUUCCUUUUUUUCCCUUUGGUAUUUUCUGAUGGAUGUGAUUUUCUUUGGUGCUAACAUAUUUGUUGCACUGUUAUGAGUGGAAGGGGUUCUUAGGUUUUUAAAUAUGUAUAUCUUUCAAGUGUCUUUUUUUUUGUUGUGAACCUACACCCAUCUUUAGGGUUUAUAAACUAUUAAAUCUUUUUACUACAGAAA